ACUGGAAAGGUCCUUCCCACCUGGUUGUGGUCCAAUUCUUUCUUUUUAUAUUCUUGAUUAGGGUUCCGUCACCAACUUCAGUGAGAUCACUGGUGUCCUGUGAAGACAAAUCUUUUGCAGAACCACAACAGCAGCUCUGACUGGUUAUUUCUUUGCACUAAGGCAGCAAUCACCCCCGGUGGUCUACAAUGAAGAUGCUGAGACAGUACAUCAAUAUUGCCAUCCUCAUCCUUUCUGCCACAUUCCUGCUCUGGAUGUACAAGGCAUUGCAGGAGAGCUUAAAGUGCUGGACGUCACCAGAAGUCACACUUCUACUAUCUACACCCCAGAAAAAUGAUUCGGUUCACAUGGAUAAGCUACUGGAUGCUUCUGCUUCUCUGGGACAAGCUCCCUCUUUCGUGACAGUCAAUCAGACAAAAACACUGCUUAUAUCAGCUUAUCUGGAGCACCGCACUGAAGAAAAAGAGGUUCGUGUGAUUUCAGUGGUGCUGCGGAGCCAAGCAGUAACCUAUAUCUGCAUCUUACUCUGCCAGGGGCUGCGGAACAUCUCUGAGGGUGUCAGCCACAUCAACAAUGAUCACUUUGGCUUUCCCUACGGGACCGCCGACAUCAUGUGUCCCCUCCCUUUGGGCUGCCAGACACCAUCUCAUAUAGCUGUGACCACUGUUGUACCCAAAGAUGAAGAUAAACUUGAUUUUCUGAAAAUUCAAAACCAAAAUCCCAAGAGUGAUUCCUUUCCUUAUAACUUCACUGUCUGUCUCUCCACCAUGUAUGAUUUCACCAACGUGCUUCAGCUGGUACAGAGUUUAGAAAUGUUUCAGUUACUGGGAGUCAACAAGGUGGUCGUCUAUAAGACCAACUGCAGCGCUGAGACGCAGCUUAUACUGGACUACUACACACACAAAGGUUUACUGGAAGUGAUUCCUUGGUCUCUAUCCAGGUUUAUUAAAGUGUCUCGCAGCUCGUCUCCUGAACGCGGUCCUGGUGAACUUCACUACUUCGGCCAGAUGCCUGCUCUCACUGACUGCCUUUACAGAUACAUGUACCGGUCCAAAUAUGUGGCCAUGCAGGACAUUGAUGAGCUCAUUCUGCCUCAAUCAGUCAACAGCUGGUUGGAGCUGUUACCACUUCUAGAGACAAAGUACGGCCUCGACAAGUGUUACAAGUUUGAGAAUAACGCGUUUCCCAAACACAUCUCACUGCCUCCUCCUGCCCCACAAACACUGCCUCCACAAGGCUGCUGGGAAAACAUACCCGGGGUGAACAUCCUGGCUCAUCUGUACCAGGAGCCCGCCAGUCCUCAGAGUUGGUUUGACAACUACAAGUUCAUCGUCAGUCCCCGAGCUGUGUUCACCCCGACCGUUCACAGAGUGCUAAGCCCAGAGGGCAUCUGUACUGUGGUUGAUAGGAACAUAGCACGGCUGUACCACACAAGAGUCCAGUCAACAGUAGGGCUGACACCAGACCAGCUGAUUUAUGAUGGCCGACUACUGAGUUACAGCGCACCCCUUGUACCAGCUGUUAAUACGGUGCUGAAAGAAAGUGGAAUUCUACCAAAGAACAGCAUAUGCUAGGCUUUAUGUGUGUUUACACAACUGUACUUCAACAAUUAUUAGUCUUUGUUUUGAACUGCCGCUUCUCGUCUUUUCGUGGAUUUUCUUGUUUCUUGUUUUUAUUUUUUUUUGUUUUAUUGUUUUAUCAUUUUAUUGCUAUUGUUUCUGUUUUUUCUUUGCAUUUUAUGUUACUUUUAAGUUUAUAUCUUCUAUGUUGUGUAUCAUGGUGUAGCCCAUGCCUUCUCGUGAGUAUUUAAACCAAAGAGUGUCCAGAUGUCUUUAUAGAGCAGGUAGCAUGGCAUGUACAAUCUGUAGGUACUUUGAAGGGGUAUUCCUAUUGAUGAAACAAAUGACUUUUUUCAAGGAUUAAUAAAGAUGAAUGGUCACAUAUAUGUUUAAACACCUUUAAAAUGAUUAAGAAUUCAAACAUGCAACUAAUACAAUUCAAAAUUCUUCAUAGAAUUCAUUAUACAGGAUAAAAGAUGUUCAGGAUGGGUCUGUCACAAUCAAAUAUUUGCUAACACUGCACUAAUAACACAACUGACAAGUACUUCCAUGCCUUGGGGUCCUGCACACCUGUUUGCAGGUUCUGGCUUCAGGUAUGUGAAGACAUGUCAACAUGGAUUAAAUGUAAUAUUCCUGCAAACC